AUGGCGCAAAGUUAUGUCGAUAUUGAUUCAUUGCUAGAAGAUUAUGCAUGGCGGCAUUUCAAAGAUAUUCAAAGUUUACGCAAAACACGUUUGGAUGAUUUCAAAGGUCUUGAGAAAGAAGACGUAGAAUUUAUUUUGAAUCGGCGUAAAUUGGUUGUAAGACAUGAAGAGCCACAGUAUUCACAAUUAAACUGUCAAGGAGCUCGUCCAUUUACGCUUUUCAAAUCAGUUUAUACAAAUAAUACUGAUCGAUCGCAGGAAUAUUCUUUUAAAACUGAACGUACCACCGAAAGUUUAUGUAGCGUUGUACGUGAACAAGGUUAUAUGAUCGGCGGUGAAACUGAAUUAACAUUAAAAACACCAUGUGAAAUAGCUGAAUUGAAAGCAGGUUUCAAGAGUGAAAUGAAUUUCAAUAAUGUAAAUGAAAAUGCAAAAUCAGAAAUGAUGUCAUGGGCUGUUGAUAGUACUGUUGUGGUACCACCACAUUACAAAACGGAAGCAUCAAUUAUCAUCGAAGAAAUGAAUUAUAAAGGCACAUAUAGUGUUGUUUCAGUAUUGUCCGGUUUAGUGACAAUAUCAAUUAGAAGGAGGAAAGAUGGUGCCUUAGUAUUACCUUUAACAAUGAAUAUAGUUGAGAUAUUUCGUGAUCAUCUGGAAUCAAGAUAUGCCAGGAAGGAAAUUAAAUCAGCUGUUAUGAUAGAGGGUACACAAUUUGUACGAUUAAUAUCAAAGGGUACCUGCUCAUUUCAGUUUGCAUUGAAACAACGAAUCGAUCUCAAAGAAGAACCAUUUGGUGAUAAAGAGAAAAUGAUGGUUGAUUAA